AUGGUUGGACUGCUGAAGGAGAGCAGCGCAGAGCUGGAGGGGUUUGCCGUCUCCGCAAUACACACCGUACUGCUGCUCUGGUGCGGGAGAGCGGACGAGGCUGCAAUGAAGCACGGAAGUUACUUUGAGGUGCUCCGUCACUCACUGCUUCUUCACCUGCUACACACACUUGAUAGUUUGUGUGUAUCUGCUUUGGGAGGCGGUGAACAGUCCGAAAGCGUGCUGAGGCUGCGGCUUCUCCUUUGGGUUUCGUUGAAGGAGCUGUGCUUGGAAGCUGUCGACGGCGGUGAUGAACCCCACAGGCCGUGGAGGAGUGGGGUGCUGCAAGAAAGCAAGGCUGUAGAGAGACGCUUGGCGUGUGAGACAUUUUUGGGCAUGGCGGGCGCCGUAUAUCAGCAGCACGUGGGGUAUCGCGUCGUGGCUUGCGACGGAGUUUCUUCUUCCGCAUUGCCGCUAUUGAAAGGAAAAUGA